AUCAACUUCCUCCCCAACUCCCCAAAUCAAACCUCAAACAUAAGUCAUUGUUCCCAAAAUGUUGACCAGGAAUUGAGGUGCAGAGGGACAGCUAAGGACGCAAGGGGCACCGAGGAGGCAGGAAAGACUCAGAGGUUUGUUCCCGGGGGGAGCGAGUGGACGCUGGAGCAAAAACAUUUAAAAAGGGGAAGUUGAGAGGGGACUAUUUGGUUGAAAGAAAACCCACAAUCCAGUGUCAAGAAAGAAGUCAACUUUUCUUCCCUAUUUCCCUGCAUUUCUCCUCUGUGCUCACUGCCACACGCAGCUCAGCCUGGACGGCACAGCCAGAUGCGAGAUGCUUCUCCGCUGAUCUGAGUCUGCCUGCAGCAUGGACCUGGGUCUUCCCUGAAGCAUCUCCAGGGCUGGAGGGACGACUGCCAUGCACCGAGGGCUCAUCCAUGCACAGAGCAAGGCAGUGGGAGGAGACGCCAUGACCCCCAUCCUCACGGUCCUGAUCUGUCUUGGGCUGAGUCUGGGCCCCAGGACCCACGUGCAGGCAGGGACCUUCCCCAAGCCCACCCUCAGGGCUGAGCCAGACUCUGUGAUCACCCAGGGGAGUCCCGUGACCCUCAGGUGUCAGGGGAGCCUUGAAGCCCAGGAGUACCAUCUAUAUAGGGAGAAAAAAUCAGCAUCCUGGAUUAAAUGGAUACAACCACAGCUUGUGAAGAAGGGCCAGUUCCCCAUCCCAUCCAUCACCUGGGAACACGCAGGGCGGUAUCGCUGUCAGUAUUACAGCCACCCUCGGUGGUCAGAGCCCAGUGACCCCCUGGAGCUGGUGGUGACAGGAGCCUACAACAAACCCACCCUCUCAGCUCUGCCCAGCCCUGUGGUGACCUCAGGAGGGAACGUGACCCUCCAGUGUGUCUCACAGCUGGCAUUUGGUGGCUUCACUCUGUGUAAGGAAGGAGAAGAUGAACACCCACAAUGUGUGAACUCCCAGUCCCAUACCCUUGGAUGGUCCUGGGCCAUCUUCUCUGUGAGCCCCGUGAACCCGAGUCGCAGGUGGUCGUACAGGUGCUAUGGUUAUGACUCGAGCUCUCCCUAUGUGUGGUCUCUACCCAGUGAUCUCCUGGAGCUCCUGGUCCCAGGUGUUUCUAAGAAGCCAUCACUCUCAGUGCAGCCAGGUCCUGUCGUGGCCCCUGGAGAGAUCCUGACCCUCCUGUGUGGCUCUGAUGUUGGCUACGACAGAUUUGUUCUGUAUAAGGAUAGAGAAGGUGACUUCCUCCAGCUCCCUGGCCGGCAGCCCCAGGCUGGGCUCUCCCAGGCCAACUUCACCCUGAGCCCUGUGAGGGUCUCCCACGGGGGCCAGUACAGAUGCUCCGGUGCACACAACCUCUCCUCCGAGUGGUCGGCCCCCAGUGACCCCCUGGACAUCCUGAUCGCAGGACAGAUCCGUGCCAGACCCUCCGUUUCAGUGCAGCCGGGCCCCACAGUGGCCUCAGGAGAGAACGUGACCCUGCUGUGUCAGUCACAGGGAUGGAUGCACACUUUCCUUCUGACCAAGGAGGGAGCAGCUGAUGCCCCGCUGCGUCUAAGCUCCACUUACAGAGCUCAACAGUACCAGGCUGAAUUUCCCCUGAGUCCUGUGACCUCAGCCCACGCGGGGACCUACAGGUGCUACGGCUCAUGGAGCUCCAACCCCUACCUGCUGACUCACCCCAGUGAGCCCCUGGAGCUUGUGGUCUCAGGACCCUCCAUGGUUCCCAGCCCCCCACCCACCGGUCCCAUCCCCACAUCUGCAGGCCCUGAGGACCAGCCCCUCACCCCCACCGAGUCGGAUCCCCAGAGUGGUCUGGGAAGUCACCUGGGGGUUGUGAUCGGCAUCUUGGUGGCCGUCGUCCUACUGCUCCUCCUCCUCCUCCUCCUCUUCCUCAUCCUCCGACACCAGCGUCAGGGCAAACGCUGGACAUGGACCCAGAGAAAGGCUGAUUUCCAACAUCCUGCAGGGGCUGUGGGGCCAGAACCCAAAGACAGAGGCCUGCAGAGGAGGUCCAGCCCAGCUGCCGAUGCCCAGGAAGAAAACCUCUAUGCUGCCGUGAAGGACACACAGCCUGAGGACAGGGUGGAGAUGGACACUCAGCAGAGCCCACACAAUGAAGACCCCCAGGCAGUGACGUAUGCCCCGGUGAAACACUCCAGACCCAGGAGAGAAACGGCCUCUCCUCCCUCCUCACUGUCCGAGGAAUUCCUGGACACAAAGGACACACAGGCAGAAGAGGACAGACAGAUGGACACUCAGGCUGCUGCAUCUGAAGCCUCCCAGGAUGUGACCUACGCCCAGCUGCACAGCUUGACCCUCAGACGGGAGGCAACUGAGCCUCCUCCAUCCCAGGAAGGGCCCUCUCCAGCUGAGCCCAGCAUCUACGCCACCCUGGCCAUCCACUAGCCCGGAGGGUAGGCAGACUCCACACUCAGUAGAAGGAGACUCAGGACUGCUGAAGGCACGGGAGCUGCCCCCAGUGGACACCAGUGAACCCCAGCCAGCCUGGACCCCUAACAAAGACCAUGAGGAGAUGCUGGGAACUUUGGGACUCACUUGCUUCUGCGGUCGAAAUAACUAAUAUCCCUACAUUUUUUAAUUAAAGCAACAGACUUCUCAAUAAUCGAUGAGUUAACUGAGAAAACUAAAAUCAGAAGUAAGAAUGUGCUUUAAACUGAAUCACAAUAUAAAUAUUACACAUCACACAAUGAAAUUGAAAAACUACAAACCACAAAUGAAAAAAGUAGAAAAGAAAAAAAAAACUAGGAAAUGAAUGACGUUGGCUUUCGUAUAAGGAAUUUAGAAAAAGAAUAACCAAUUAUUCCAAAUGAAGGUGUAAGAAAGGGAAUAAGAAGAAGAGUUGCUCAUGAGGAAAAACCAAAACUUGAAAAUUCAACAAAGCCAAUGAAGCUCAUUCUUGAAAAUAUUAAUUACAGUCAUAAAUCCUAACUACACUGAGCAAGAGAAAGAAAGAGCAGGCACACAUUUCCAUAUGGGAGUGAGCCAGCAGACAGCCCAGCAGAUCCUACACACAUUUUCACAAACUAACCCCAGAACAGGCUGCAAACCUAUGCCAACAUACUAGAAAAUGCAGAUUAAAUAGAUGAAAUAUUCAAAACUGGAGUUUACAUAAUGAACGUAAGAGUAAUCAGAGAAUCUGACUCAUUUUAGAUGUGUGUGUAUGUGUGUGUAUAUAUAUAUGUGUGUGUGUGUGUGUGUG